UAGGAUCGCAUAAGCUGUUGUGUUAAUAAUAGUUCGCUACUUUGAAGGGAGAUUUGACGGGAAGAUUUCGCUUGGGUUUUCUGGCGUGAUGUGAAUAGGCAUUGUUUCAGCGCUGGUCUAAUUGAGAUUAGAUUAAGAUUAGAGAUCAGUCUAUUGGCAACUCACUUUAAAAAAAUAGUAUCACACUGAAUAAUUGUUUUCUUUAGUAUAGAUACACAAAGCCUAUGGUGUCGCACACAUAUAUAACCUCUGCCAUAACCCAUUCGGUUUGUCCAUGCGCUAUUUUUAGGAAGUUUCUCUUCUGAAGAGCUUUAACCAUCGAACCAUCUGUAGGUUAUAUGGAAAUCCGAAGGAGUUUGAUGAUUCCAAUUCCUCCUGACUUGAUCAUAAUUCCAUUGACGAGCUUUUUUGGUAUAUGCUACCUUUGAGGAAGAAGUGUUUCUAAAAAUAAAUUCUUAUCAUAUUUACUACUGCACUCAGUAGUGGUAGCCUAAGAUCGAGGAAAUCAUUUCAGAUUUCUGCACAUGUAGCUUAUAACAAAUCAGAAAUAAGUCAACAGCACAUUUCCGGCAAAGGGAGAGUUUACUCAGACUUUUAAUGAGUUUUCAUAGACUUUUUAAUAGGGGGCAAUCCAGACCGUGUAAACUAUGUUAGGUUAGGAUAUAAAAUAUGAAAUAAACAAAAUUAAAGGUAACAACUAAAUUGUUUCAUUUAUUUGCCUAUAUAAAAUAUAAUGAUCGCAACUGUAAGUAGCCUAUUUGUUGUUUUAGUAAAAUGAGGCAGAUUAAAGUGCUUUUGAUUCACUAAAAAGAACCGACUCAUAAGAGUCAUACGUUUGAAUCGUAUCACCGGUUACUCGGUAUGCUUUUGAUUCACUAAAGAAUCGGCUCAUAAGAGAAUUGUUCGUUCGGGGCUGUUUGUUUCGCGCUGUACAUUCAGUUGUACAGUUGGUAUAAACAACACUUAACACAGUCAGAGCUGUCAAAAAUCGACUGGCGUGAAAAUCAUUUGUUUCGUUAUAUGUUUAACAGAACCUAUUCUUAAGCCCCGGUUCUCGUUUCCCAACUAUAACGUUAACAGCUUUUUUUUUGGCAUGCGGAGGUGUCGUGUAUAUUUUCACUUUACUUUAAGGCUUCAAAUGUAGCAUUUUUACUUUAAUUUUUUCUUGACAAUGCAUGUAUAACGACCAGCAUAUUUGAUCCACUCUUUUGUUAAUUUACCAACAGCCACGUCAUGUAUUUUACAUCUCGCACAGAUGCAUUUUUUUUCUUCUAAUUGUUAUUAUUUUAACUAAACGCAAGACUCAUCCAGGGUCAGGGAAUCAUCAUAUUUAAAUAGGCCUAAUAAACUUGUUGAUGCAGAGCAACACAUGAUCCAUCACUGAACACCAAUUAUUUUAGAUGGAAAAACAUGCCAUGCAAAUAGCAUACAAUUAGGUUAUCAGUAAUCUUCCAUUAUCCUAUUGAUUUUUUUCAACAUGAUUAUUUUAAACAUUAGCCAACCUAUCUAUUAUUAGACUUUUUUGGAUUGUCUUAAACCCUUACUUUGAGAGCUAUUACAGUCCAGGGCGGGGUUUGGUGCUUUACUUUUUUUGUUUUGUUCAGUUUUUUUUUUUCCUCCCCUCUCCCUGAAAGCUUGUCGGAUGCUUGUCAGUUCACAUUUAGCUUACCAUUAUCAAGGCUCAAAGCUUUUAGAGGACGAUGAACUGCGGUUUACAGGGAAUUUUUGGAUAACGGUCCUGUUGAAUUGGGAUCUUAACUAUGCGGAGAUAAGGAAUAUGCGAAUGAAGCAUUUGAAAACCAGCAGAGGAUGUUCGUGUUUCCUAAAGAAUGUGCAUGACUGAUCUUCCACAUGAGGACACUUAAUAAAUAAUAACAUAUGGUGACCAGAAUGACCAGAAGAUGAUUCAUAAUAGAAAUAACUCCAGACAUAUUCCAGACAAAAGCAACACUGUCAAGACAGAAUUACCAACAAUGGCACGUUUGACAAAGAGAACUUUUACCCAGACCGAAUGACUACAGGCGAGACAUACUUAAUAGGUUCUAAUAACUUGGACAACAGAUAGCAGCAUACUAGAACAUUCAAGCCUUGGGAUGGAGAUGGAACGGCUGGACAUUGUAGAGGAGGAGUCCUUCUCCAAGGGUCACCAGGAAAGCAAGAAGAGUAGGGGUCACACUUGUGAACUCUGUGGAAGAAGUUUCCCUUUCCUCAGCUCCUUGUCCCAGCACAUGAGAAAGCACACUGGGGAAAAACCAUACAAGUGUCCUCACUGUGAACACCGCUCAGCCCAGAAGGGUAGCUUAAAGGCCCACAUUCGCAGUCACAAACUGGAUGGCCUCAGCCAGAGCACCGGUGGUGAGGAGGAAGACAUGGACGAAGAAGGGGAAGGGGAAAAGGAAGGAGGGGUGCCAGAAGAUCAAGGUGGUUGCUCCAGUCCGACUGAGAGUACCUCGGCCUGCAACAAGGUUGUGAGCGGUGAGGAUGCGACCAAAACAAGGAAGAAAGGCGGGAAGAAGGAAAGAACCUCUGGUGAGAAUAGCAAACAGUCAGUGCAAUGCACACUGUGCAGGAAGAGACUAUCCAGUCUUGCAGAGCUUGAACAACAUAUGCAAGAGCUUCACAAGGUCUUUCGAUGUGACCUGUGCCCUUAUGAGACUUUGCAGGAGGACCAACUGCAGGCUCAUAUUGAGAAAGUACAUCCUAUCGAGGAGGAAUCUGCCACCAAAGCCUCUAUCGGUGAGGAUGCUGACUGUGUACUUGGUAAAGGCGAGUUUCCAUGUGAACAAUGUGACCAGGUGUUCACCCAGGCCUGGUUUCUGAAAGGUCACAUGAAAAAGCAUCAAAACAGUCUGCAUCAUGGGUGCCGGAUCUGUGGACGCCGCUUUCGUGAGCCCUGGUUCCUUCGUAGCCACAUGAAGACCCACAACACCAAGGUAAAACCAAAGAGUGACUCUUACCUUCCAGCUACUGUCAAUGAGGUGGCGCAGGAUGAGUCGAACCUGGUGAACGAAGUGUGUCUCUAUGAACUCUGUGCCAAGUGUGGUAACUUUUUCCACAACAGCAAGGGCCUGCUGUUGCACGAGCAGGUCCACAGAAAUGUUGAGCGGGCUCCUAACAACACCUUCUGCAGUGAUAAAGACUUCACAUCUGUCACCAAGACGAGCUUCUUGGAAUGCCUAAACUUGAAACCAGCAGGACAUGAAGAGAACCCCACUGAGGGAACUCUAGGGAAAAGAAUCCCAGAGCUGGAUCCAGUUAGUAGCUACCAGGCUUGGCAACUUGCCACCAGAGGCAAAGUGGUGGAGGUAUCGGAGAAGAACCUGGGUUGGGAAGAGAGGUUAGCCGAUGCAGAUGUAGCAUAUGACAGGGAAAAAGGCGAGUAUGUCUUGCUGAGACAGGACAAGCGGAAGAAGUCACUUGAUGCCAUGGCGAGUAUCCCAACCAAGAAACGGAGAGGGGCUGGGACCCAAGGCUCCAAUACAGAUCAACACAGCAAUGGAGAAAAGAAUGUCCAGGUCUCGAUAGGUGAGCGAAGCCCAGAGAAUCUGAGUGACACUGAGUACCGGCCUACUUCUCGCCCUAGUCGUAAGAAUUCCCAGAAAACCUCAGAGUGCUUGGAGUGCGGAAAGGGCUUCCGCACACAGCAACAGAUGGUGAUCCACAUGCUCAUCAGACAUGGUGGUUUGGGUGAAACCAUUGGUGGAAAUGGACUGUUCCGUAAAGCAGCGUCCAGCCCAUCUAAAGCAGGUGAAUCAGCAGGACUCUUCAGGGACACAGAUAAAAAGCCAUACACCUGUGAGCACUGUGACUUUUGCACCUCGGAGCCCUCUGCCAUCGCUGCCCAUGUCCAAACACAUCAUAUGGCAAUCAGGAACUGGGACCAGAGGAGUGAUGCCUUAACCAGCUCACUCAGCCAAAGCCAACCUCAUCAAACUAACCACAAGGGCUUCCCAAGGCUGAGAAAUGCCCUGCUGCAGCAGCCCUAUUCGCCCUACUCCAGCUCAACUCACCUGGAGAGGGCAGCACUGAGCAAUGUUGCGUCAAAGACUGAGGAGGAAAAGAACAAGGGGUUAGAAGACAGUAGCACCUCGGAUAAAGUGGAUGCUAAUCUCAUUAAUCUCUCCAUGGAGGUGGAUAAUGAAAAAGAAGGUGUUUCUUCCACGUUAUUGAAAAGUUUGGUUCGACACCAGUGUCCUUACUGUUCCUAUGCAACACUCUAUCCUGAAGUUCUCUGGAUACACCAACGAAUUGCGCACAAAGUUGACAGCACUACGUUGGUGCCUAAGUGGGCUCCGAGAAAUGGCCUCAAGGGGCCCAAAUCACUUCUCGAUUUCAAGAGACGCACCGGGGUGCCUCCGUUUCUGGAGGGUAAGGACUGCCCCUCUCUGCCACAGAUGAGAACUUCCCGAACGUUUCCACCUGAUGGCAGCUCUGGAGGGAUGAAGAAAUCAAAACCUCUGACAAGUAGUGCAGAGUCCAGCUCCUCGCAAAGCAAGACCUGGCAAGCAGCCACAGCACCGGGGGCAUCAUCUCACUCGUCCAAGCACAAGACCAUCAAGUCCAGGACAGAUGAGUUGGCAGGAAGUAAACACAAAGCGGACAGCCAUCAAAACAGUUCCUCGCGGCGUACGGCAAGUCCUCAGAAGACUGGAAACCCAAAGACAGGAAGCAGAGUGAUGGAGAGUAGUCUGCUACCUCAAGAGGGACUUCAUUUUAUGCUCUCUAGCAAACACAAACUCUCAGAUCAGAGGGGCUCCAAAGGCCAUGCUCCUCAGACCCCGGACAGGUCUGAUUCUCAAGCUCAGGAUACACCGUCCAUGGCUGGGUAUGACCCCUGGAGCAGACUUGGCCUGAGAGGCCCGUCCUCUCACGCCCAGUCCAAGAGACAGUCGACGACUGAUGGUCCCGAACCUGUGACAGACAUCCUGAGUUUCUUGAAGAACUGCAGUCCUCACGAUCUAGCUGCCCUCUACCACCACUGGGGCUUAAACAACAUCAUGGCAGAGCAAGCAGGGUUGGCGAGGUCAGGGUCUCAGCAGGGGGAGUAUGUGUGUCCAGUGUGCAGGAAGAGCUUCAACCAGCCCAGCCAUUACCGCACACAUAUGAGAUCACACACAGGUGAGCGACCUUUCCAGUGCCGAUACUGUCCUUACAGCGCCUCGCAGAAAGGUAACCUGAAGACCCAUGUCCAGACCGUGCACCGCCUAGCCUUCGACAACACGCAGUACCCGGACAGGAGACUCCGCCAAGCCCCUACCAAUAAACCCACAGACACUUCCAGGCCUCACUGAGCAUCUCCACAUCCUCAAAACCAGCUCAACUGAGUGCUGAAAUUCAUAAAAGGUCCAUUAAUAAUGGUUUGAUGCACAAAUACGGCAUUUGAGGAAGACUUAAUGUACGGCAUUGGAUUCUUUGUGUUUUUAGUUUAGUUUUAGUUUUUCCAUGUUUCCUUUUUAUUUUCUGCUGACACAAAGCUCUAGAUUAAACUGAAAGGAGGAACACAUGUUUACACCUCCUUUAUCCAGAGACUUAAAAAAACACUCGAGGGCUAAAGCCUCAACAACACAAGGUUCGAGCUGAUGGAGUAUGACAGUGAGCUGCGUUCUCAAACCCAAGGUCUUCAGCUGAUCCCCUAAACUUGAAAUUCUGCCUCGGAGUUCCCCACUUGACUAGCUGGUAAACAAAAUAGCCUUAGUGCGCAAUGAGUGUAGUUUGUGAGUGCGUGUGCGAUUGUGUUUUCCACAUUCUACUUCUCAGGACUUGAAUUACAUGCGAUUCCAAAGCCUGCAUUCAUUCACAUCAGUGUGCAACUACAUGCAAAGGAGACAUGCAGUGAAAUUCAUUCAUUAGUUUUGCUGGUAAAGACACAUGACAUAUUUUGCGUUAGUGUCAUUUGAUUGGUCCAACAAAGUUAGAAAUACUAUUUGUGUUUACGGUUACUUUUUGAUGUAGCCUACACAAGUUUUUAUGUUUUUCUCUUUUUUUUUUUACCCCAUCAAACAUGUUUGCCUUAGUGGACUUUAAAUAAUCGUAUCCCAAAAAAGAAAGAAAACAAACUGUUAAUUCAUUGGUGCAUCAGAUUUUAAAGCCACGUUAAAAUGAAGGAUCUGUAUUAGUCUUAACAAGCUGCAAGUUGUCCGUGUAAUCAUUAAAAUUAUUGCAUAAUAGAGAGACUAGUGAAUAGUGCAAGACUAGAUUGGGGAUUUAGUAUUUUUUAUAAUGUUACACAUAAAACUGUAGAAUACCAUAUUUUUAGAGGUUGAAAACUUAAAUGCAGAGAAAUUCUUGGCCAUAUAUUUCUAUGAAUGUUGUAUAUGGUAAUUAGGUAUUUACGGAGAUAAAAGCGGUGGACGUUUUAAAGCAUUCAAAAAUGAACAUUUAUCUAGAGCAUUUAUAUUGACUAAAUCCAUGUGUUGGAAAGUAAGCCAAGAGAACUGAUCCUAUAUUAUGAAUUUUAUUUUAGAAGAACCUCCGAUGUGAAUUUGUGUUGAUGCUCAGCAGUCAAACUGAAACAUGUUGCAGGUUUGGUGACCCAGGAACUGAGAGUUAUUGUGAACACGGUCCUAUCACCACUGCCCUUGAGUAAGGCACUUAACCCUUGGUCACUCUAUAGGGACUCCAUGCUCCUGCAAUUGAUGUCAUGGAAGUUGCAUUGAAUGAAAUGUUAGUGCUUAAUUGUAAUUUACUAACAGUAAAUCAACUUUUAAAAUUUGUCCUAGGACACGAGAAACAUGAAUAGCUUUUCCUGUUAGCUUUUUAAUAAAUUUAAACCCCUGAGUACUAGAACAGAAGACCUAAGAAAAUUAAUAGCAUGUUUUGAAUUAAUUUGCAAUUGGAGUGUUUUUUCUUUAUGUAACACUAUUAAUUUUGUGCUUUGAAUAGAAGUAGUAGUUGAAUGUAUGGAAUGUAUUUUUGUGUGGUUAAAAGUUUUUUCUUCCCUCCACAUAUAUUUUGUUCAAUGAAGUACAAAAAACCUGUUGACUGUCAUCCUCAGAUUAUCUCCAACUCAUUUAUUGUCCACUGUUUAAGUUUUGAACUGCUUAAAUUAAACUUUACCCCUACCUUUGGUCUAAAUGGUUUUAAUAUUAAUAUUAGUGUUUAUACUGAUCUAGACCAAUGUUUCCCCAACCAGGGCUACAGAAUGAUUGAGAUGUGGUAUCAUUCAUUUUUUUUAGGAAUAAUUCUUCAUUCUUCAUUUUUAAAGUAUUUCCCUUUUGAAGUUGCUCCUUGGCUGACUUUAAAGACUCACAAUAUAAUCCAAGUUUAAGUAUGGAAAUAUCAUUUAAUUGGUGAAUGGCUCCCCUGCAAUCGACUAUUCUUAUGUCCCUACUAUAUAUUAGGCAAAAAACAGUAUGUGAGAAGAUAAAUAUGAUUUUGGAUGCUAUUGAAUCAGUUGCCUAAUGAUUCAAUGACUCACUCAUAGCAGUUGGUGUCACCCACUGGUGUAACAUCUUUUUUAGAGACCAGAUUCAAAAUAUUAAAAU